CUGACGCCAUACGGGUGGAUUAUAUGCCCUUUCGCUCCAUCUACAGUUGUUUAUCAUGCCAGAGAUCCUCUGUUGGCCAGUCAUACUUGAUCGUGGGACUAGACAGAGGGAGACUUCUUCCAGAGAACAGCAGAGAGACUACAGAGAGACUGAACCAGAGAGAAACACGCUUCCAGAGACUAGAUACCAGACAGGAUCCUGAGAGACCAGACAGAGAACAAAGAGAGACCUGUGUUAUGGAGACACAUCAGUGUGACACCUGUGGGAAGAGCCUUUCCUCAUCCAGUAGCCUUAAGCAGCACAUUAUGAUCCACACUGGAGAGAAGCCCUACAGCUGUGACCUCUGUGGUAAAACCUUUAGCCAUGCUUCUAGUUUUAGAAAUCACAGCAGGAUCCAUACUGGAGAGAAACCCUACAGCUGUGACCUCUGUGAUCAAACCUUUAGCCAGGCUGCCCAUUUAAGAGUUCACAGCAGGAUCCACACAGGAGAGAAGCCCUACAGCUGUGACCUCUGUGGUCAAACCUUUAGUCAUGCUUCCAGUUUCAGAGGUCACAGCAGGAUCCACUCUGGGGAGAAGCCCUACAGCUGUGACCUUUGUAGUAAAACCUUUAGACUGAGAGGGGAAUUCACAGUUCACCGCAGGAUCCACACUGGAGAAAAGCCCUACAGCUGUGACCUUUGUAGUAAAACCUUUAGACAGAGAGGGGAAUUCACAGUUCACCGCAGGAUCCACACUGGAGAGAAGCCCUUCAGAUGUGACCUCUGUGGUCAAACCUUUAGCCAGUCUUGCAGUUUAAGAUCUCACCGCAGAAUCCACACUGGAGAGAAGCCCUACAGCUGUGAACUCUGUGGUAAAACCUUUAGACGGAGAGGGGAAUUCACAGUUCACUGCAGAAUCCACACUGGAGAGAAGCCCUACAGCUGUGACCUCUGUGAUAAAACCUUUAAACAGAGAGGGGAAUUCAAAGUUCACCGCAGAAUCCACACUGGAGAGAAGCCCUACAGCUGUGACCUCUGUGAUAAAACCUUUAGACAGAGGGUGAAAUUCACAGUUCACCGCAGAAUCCACACUGGAGAGAAGCCCUACAGCUGUUACCUCUGUGGUAAAACCUUUAGAGACGCUUCUGGUUUCAGAUUUCACAGCAGGAUCCACACUGGAGAGAAGCCCUACAGCUGUGACCUCUGUGGUAAAACCUUUAGCCAGUCUAACAACUUAAAAGUUCAUUGCAGGAUCCACACUGGAGAGAAGCCCUACAGCUGUGACCUCUGUGAUAAAACCUUUAGACAAAGAGGCCAAUUAACAGUUCACAGCAGGAUCCACACUGGAGAGUAGCCCUACAGCUGCCCAUACUGUGAAUUUUCAUGUCAAACAAAUGGCAAUCUGAAGAGUCAUCUGCGUAUCGACAAUAGAAAUCAAAACAAAGCAGUGAUGUCUGGGGACAAGAACUUCUACAGUCCAACAUGACAGGACACAGGAAAGAUACUCUACUGUAAUGAUGGAGGGGAAGUUGUCAGAUUGGGUAGAAUUUUGGUAAACACUGGCUGACACCUUUCUGUUCUGAAGCAAUUUGAUUCAAGAAAUUGGAAUUUUCCCAUCUUUGUUGUUCUGUUUGUGUUGGUUAAAAUAGUCUGGUGAUGUUGUGAUCAGAGCUUUACAGGAACAUGUGGGUUGUUUUAAACUCAUCAGAACGUUCGUUUCGGCAGCUGGCCUCCUCUCAUUAUCAUAUUAGGAAUAAUGAAUGAAUGAAUAAAGAAAUACAUGAAUGAAUACAUAACCAAAUAAAUGUAAAUUAUAAGUAACUUUUGAUUGACAAUUGUGAAUUAAUAAAUUAAUUCAUUUAUUUCUGUCUAAAUGAAUGGAUGUGGACAUUUAUUUAUUCAUUCAUUGAUUUCUAACUAUGGCAGGUUUGGUCCUCCAUACAUAUCUACCAUCUCACACAACAUGAUCCAUCCAAUCUAGUUUUAGUUUUACAGUAAAUUUAGUAAAUAAAUAUCUGAACAUGACUCAAAAUACCUUUAUUCUGUUGAAAGCCAUAAUUGAGCCAGAGUUUGAAACUACUGUAUGUACACCAUAAGAGCACAUUCUAUUUAUUUAUUCAUAUAUACGAAGCACAGUCAUACAAGAUUGCUUGCAUUAUUUCAUGCAAUCUAAGACGGCAUCAUUGUGUAAUAAUUACUUAUCACUUUAACCCAGUUAGAGAAGCAUUUCUUGCAAAUAUUUGUGCAUUGCCUUCACAGCAGGUUGAAAUCAUCCCAAAUUCACAUCAUACCUUGCAAAUUCACAAUAAAUAAUUUCUGAAUUUAAGAAGCAAUAAUGAACCAUAAUACUUGUACUUGUAAGUAGAAAAGCACUUGCAUUCAGUGCCAUGGAUGAGUCACUGUGGUAGUGUGCCAUUCUGGAGUCUGGAGGAGAUCCCCUCAGAAUAAAAAUAUCUAUAUUCAAGUAACCCUCUAAAUUGCAAAUAAUAAAAAAAAAAAGCAAAAAACACAACCUUUAAAGAUACAAUCCCACCCUCCCACCCAUUAUGUAGGAAAUAAAGCUAAAACAUAACUUUGAUCAUACCUGCAUGCUUUCUUAUGUUGUCAAUCAUUAAUAACAGCAUGAAAAAGCACUUAGCUCCCCUCUACCCCCCCCCCCCCCC